AUGGCAUUGCCCUUGGCCUUCAAAUUCAUAGUGAUACCAUUCUUGCUCUUAAAUUGUGUAGAAAGCAUUGAUCAACACCCAAAAGAAGAAGGGAUUUGGGAAUGGGAAGAAGAUUUGUUAGAGUUUCCUUUGAAUUUGGAAUACCUUGAAGCUGAGUUCUUCUUGUUUGGUUCAACUGGUUUUGGUUUGGAUAAGUUUGCUCCUGGUCUUACCCAAAAUGGUUCCUCUCCUAUUGGGGCUAGAAAAGCACUUCUUGAUCCUAUCACUAAUGAUAUCAUUUAUCAAUUUGCCCUUCAAGAAAUUGGUCAUUUGAAGGCAAUCAAGAAAAUGGUAAAGGGAUUCCCAAGACCAAAAUUGGAUCUAAGCAGUUCCAAAUUUGGUGAAGCAAUGAACUCGGCAUUUGGAAGUCCACUAAUUCCCCCAUUUGACCCAUAUAUUAAUUCGAUAAAUUACCUGCUUGCUUCUUAUUUGAUUCCCUAUGUUGGCCUUACUGGUUACGUGGGUACUAGUCCCAAACUUAUGUCACGUGAUGCAAAAACGCUGGUAGCAGGACUUUUGGCAGUGGAAUCAGGCCAAGAUGCAGUGAUCCGAACAAUGCUUUACAAACGACGCUUUCAAAUGGUGUCACCUUACCAAAUAACAGUCCAAGAGUUCACCAACCGAAUUUCCGAGCUCCGUAACAAGCUCGGAAAGUCGGGUUUGAAAGACGAAGGUUUAUUUAUAGACCCAAGUGAAGGUGCAGAAGGCAAAGUUACGGGUAAUAUACUUGUUGGGGACAAGUACUCUAUGGGGUACCCUAGAACUCCUGAGGAGGUAUUAAGGAUUGUGUAUUCUACUGGUGAUGAACACAAGAUUGGUGGGUUUUACCCUAAUGGUGCUUAUGGAUCCAUUGCUCGCAAGUAUCUUGCAUAAACCAUCAACACAAUUCUCGUAUCAGACGGUCUUACUGCAUGAGACGCACCUUAUAUAUGGUGAAUAGUCUAAUAAUACAAAUUAUUAGUAUUUAGACUUCUUAUUUUGAAAUCAUCUUGC